UUGAUUAUUAUAUUCUUUUGGCUUCUUAGUGGAUGGAUUUAUUUCAGAAAACAUUUACAGAAAAUAGCCAUGGACGAUUUCUAUAUUAUUGAACAGUAAAAUUAAUCAGAAUCAACCAGUCGUGUUCGCUAAGCUGUUAUGUGCUAUACAGCGACAAUCUAAUAACAAUUUCGUAGCUAGAGCUAUCAAUACGGAUCGGUUUAUGGGCUUUGAGUUUGACGGAUCAGGCCGGAUCAACUCAUUAAAAUGAUGGGCCAAAAAUAUCAAGUCCACACCAUUACUUUAUAGGCUGCGGGACUCACAGGUCAGCCCAUAUUUAAAAAAAUAAAAUUUUAUAAUUUAAUUUUAAAAUAUUAAUAAACAUAAAUAUUAGCAAACAAUAUUACAUAACGUUAAUACUUGUUAACACCUCAAAGAAUAUUUCUAAUAACAAAAUUAAAUAAUUUUUGACAUGAUAUCAUUUGAACCAAAUAAAAAUACUAAUAACGGAUCACGAGGUUAUUCAGGCCAAACUAAAAAACUCUGAAAAUUGAAGCUACUACAUUAAUCGAAUCGGGCCGACCCAACGGGCCGACCAUAUUGUCGGCUCUAUCCGUAGCUACUUUUAAUUUCUUCUACUACUAUAUUAAUAACCAGCAUAUAUCAAGAUUGAACCUCAACCGGAUUAUAAUUUCCAAAAAUACUAAAGAUUAAGAAUGGCAGUUCCUCACGUACUCAUUUUCCCGUUGCCUCUACAAGGUCCGGUGAGCUGUAUGCUAAAACUGGCAGAACUUUUGUGCCUUCACCAGGAAAUUUAUGUCACUUUCCUAAACACUGAACAUAUCCAGCAACGCCUGCUGAAUUGCACAGACGUCGAAAUCCGUUUUGAAAAAUAUCCAAACUUCAAAUUCAUUACAGUUCCAGAUGGACUUCCAGAAGAUAAUCCAAGAACUGGAGACCAAAUAAUGAAGAUUAUUGAAGGUAUAGAAGAGGUGAGCAGCCCACUGUUCAGAGAGAUGGUGAUAGCAGCUUGUGGUGGUCCAACUUGUCUCAUAGUUGAUGGUAUUUUUACUUUUGCUGUUGAUGUAGCAAAAGAGGUAAGAAUCCCACUUCUUUAUUUUGACACUAUAAGUCCUUGUGGUCUCUGGACUUACUUGGCUGUUCCCAAACUCAUUGAAGCUGGCGAAAUUCCUUUCAAAGGAAAUGACUUGGAUGCAUUAGUAAAUAAUGUGCCAGGAAUGGAAGGUGUCCUGAGGCGGCGAGACCUUCCCAGUUUCUGCCGAUCACCUAGCCUUGAUUGCCCCAUUAUCCAACUUGUAAUCAAGGAGGGAAAACAUAUUGUUCAAGCCCAAGGUGUAAUAUUCAACACAUUUGAAGGCCUUGAAGGGCCCAUUCUGUCACAAUUCCGAUCAAUGAUUCCAAACAUUUAUGCCAUUGGGCCUCUUCACAUUCAAAUCAAGGCAAAAUUAGCUGCUUCCCAGCAGUGUUUGCCAAAGACAACAACAAUGUCCAACAGCCUCUGGAAAGAGGAUAUGAGUUGUAUGGAUUGGCUCGACAAGCAACCAAAGAAAUCAGUUCUAUUUGUCAGCAUUGGAAGCCUUGCGACAAUGAGCAAGGCUCAUUUCUUGGAGUUUUGGUAUGGUCUUGUGAACAGUAUGACGCCGUUCUUGUGGGUGCAGAGGCCUGGUUCAAUUAUUGGACUUGAAGAGGACGAGGACGACAACAUUAAUAAUGUUCCCAAGGAGUUGUCUGAAAGUACAAAGGAGAGGGGUUGUAUUGUCCGUUGGGCACCACAAGAAGAGGUUCUAGCUCACUCUUCAAUUGGGGGGUUCUUAACUCAUAGUGGGUGGAAUUCAACUUUGGAAAGUAUAGUAGAGGGAGUGCCAAUGAUUUGUUGGCCCUAUUUUGUCGAUCAACAUGUAAAUAGUAGGUAUGUUGGGGAGGUGUGGAAGCUUGGUCUAGACAUGAAAGAUAUAUGUGAUAGAGCCACAGUUGAGAGGAUGGUGAGACAAGUGAUGGAGGUCAAUAAAAUUGAUUUCUUGGAAAGGGCUAAAGAGAGGAGCCAUUUGGCAAUAGCAAGUGUUGCUGAAAAUGGCUCUUCCUACCAAGAUUUGGACCGUUUGAUUGAGGAUAUUAAGUUGAUGAGGAUAUAAUAACCACCUCACAAUAUAAUGUAUGCCUAAAGAAUUGGCUCAUGUUCUAAUUUCAAAUGUCAAUAAAUUCUCUUUAAUUUA